CUAGGAGGCGCUCGGAUCGAUGGCACUCGGGAGUAUUGGCCCGCACAUCGCAGGAACCCAGACUGACGGAACGGACGGCGUAUCUGUUCAGAAAGAGUUGCACUGUUCCAGUGGCCAGUGGUGCGUAGAGAAGUGACCCAAAUUCCAACUCCAACUGGUGUCGCUUCCCUCCAGCUCGACAUACCCUGCAGGAGGGCGAGGACGUGGUCAACACGGUUAGCAGGUUUUCUAGCGGAAGGAUUUGUUUUCUACCAGGGUGCAAAGAAAAGCAGCCACCAAAAGUGCAGUGAACGAUACCAUCGUGGUGAAAAUUUCAACCCCAGACAGAUACGGGCCCGAGUGAAAACGGAGUGGCCAGAAGUUUGUUAAAUCAAUCAAUCGCUACACAAAAGUUACCGUAUCGAUGCGUUGCGUUAAAUAUGGAGAAAUACGCCCUCAUCAGUGGAUUUGUUGCACCGUUUCUUUUUUUUGCUUCUGGAUUUUUGAGAAUGGUGAAAAUGGAUUGUCGAUUGUGAACCAUUUUGCGAAUCUUGAACCGUGAAAAAGCAUUACCCUACUGUAGUAAGACGAGUGUAUCAGUGUGCGUGUGUGUCUGUGCCCGAGGACGUGUGUUUCUCGUACCUAGCAGGCUUAGUAGAUAAGAGUGUUUUUCGUUUCGGAGUAUACUUGCCGAAUGAAUGGCAAACAUUUGAAGGAAUGCUUGAAACUGUGUUUUUUCUUAGUUCGUAUUCAAUCGAUUAGUGAAUGCGAAAUUCUUAUCUUAUCUUUCAUAAAAAACACACACACACACACUCGCUUCCUCACUCUGUGUCACUUUUAUACACGCACUCUCUCACACACUCAUACAUCCACUUUGCUCCAACUCGACGAGCAGAGCUGCCUACCUUAGUGCACUGAGUCAACCAAACCAGAAUGUUAGUAGAAGCGUUUUACAAUAGACCACACGAACAAUAACCCAUUUAGUGUCAGUUUCAUUGUGAAAACUAUGUGCCUACCUCUGCCCACUAUCAUGCACAACCGAUCCGCUGAACCUAUAUGCCUGUGGUAGUGAUACUGCUGGCGAAGCGACAGCUAGUGUACGUUAGUGUGCGCGAAAGGUAUAGCCGUGCUCAUCGUUCGCACACGUACAUCGCGAUGGAAAAGCUUUCUCACAAUGGCGGCACCACCGACAAAGCUCGCCCCGAUUGCUGAGCGUGCGGUUGUGUGAGUGCAGUGCGGAUGCGUAAGGAUUGCGUGUUCGCAAGAACGCCCUAAAGUGUAUGGGUGUGUGCGCGUGUGAAAAUGUGUAUGUGUGUGAGUUUGUGUGUGUGAAUGGAACAAAUGGAAGAUACCAGGAUAGCAGGAAGGAUGCUGUUACGCUUGGGACCUACAGCAUUACCAGGCUGUGGAUGAGAGACGCAACGGGGGAAUGGGGGUGCAACAAUCAUGCUGAUACGCGAAGUGGGACAGUAGCGCACAGUAUCGGUCGCUCGUUGCAGCAGCAACAGCAGCAGCAGCAGCAGCAGCAACAACAACAACAACAGUAGUUGCAGUUGACAAAGCAACAGUACUUGAAAGCAUCUCAGUUUGGUGUAGUGAAGCAGUGACGAGUGUACUUUUCUGUCCGGUGGUCCGCUGAUGUACCAGCAAUAAGGAAAAUUGGUGCUCCAGAAAAUUUCACAUCGUUAUACGAUUUCACACUGUCAUACGAUUAUAAGUAGAACGUUUUCUCUAUCCGCUGUAGCGUAUGAGAGAGAAAAAAUGUACUACAACAGAAAUAUAGCGUGAAAAAUCUAAUCCCAUUUGUAUCACAACCUCUUCACUGAAAGUGAUAUAUGUUGCUGCGAAGCUGACAGUGAACUUUGUGCUUGUCGCUGAAAAGUGAUAGUAGAUGCGACGUGUUCGCAGCUCGUGCCUUUUUCAGUGAGUAGUUUUUGGGACAACCGUCAGCGAACACUAGUCUGCCACGGUCACACACGGUGCCACCGUUUCGAGUGAGUGAGGAAAGGUGUGAGUGCGUCGUCCGAUGUGUGUAUGUGCGUAGGUGUGUGAGCCACUGGUUCGCUUCCAUGUGUUGGUCCCGGUCGGCGUGAAACGGCGGAUUCGUUCCACAUCUUCCCACGGAAACACAAACGGAGCUGCUCCACACCGAACCCGCAACCCAACGCUGUAGCGUACCGUCAAGCAAUGGUGCCACUCUAGAACGCGGCUACGAACAACUCAUCCGCUACCAUAGGAGAAUUUGGAAGGAGGACAAGCAGAACAAAUCAUUCAGACGAUGUCCAACGACGCACUGUGGGUGUCUGACGCCAUGUUGGACUCACUCAGUAUGCAACUUCGGGAUGCCGAAGCACGACGAGCAGAAGCAGAACGUGCACACCAGGAAGCUCUGGCACAGCUUAGAGGUAUGUCGUCCGGCAUGGGUAGGAUAAGUGAACCGAUAGAAACGUUGCAGUCCAGAGCCCGCGAGUUGGAGAAGAAGGCUGCGCUCGAAACAGUUCGGUGCGAGGAGCUACAGCUCGAACUAUCAGCCGCGCUAAAAUCACGACCAGGCCGUACGAUCGGCUCUGGCGGCCCUGGUGGAUCAAGCGGUACAAUGCUGGGUGGCCUGAGCGAUAGCAUGACCGGAGUGCGGGGCACCAUCGGCAAUAGCUGCACCGCCGUCACCAAUCCAUCGUCAGCCAGUGCAACGCUCAACAGCAUCGGUAGCAGUGCGUACGGGCACACGGCGAGCUCGGUCACGACCAACACUAGUGCUCUCGAGCGUUCGCUAGCGGCCUCGUAUGGCGGUGGCACGUCUGUGGGCAGUGGAUCCGGAAGCCGUGGCAUCGACGGCAUUGGCAGCAGUAUCGGCCACAGCACAAGCAUCGGCAUGAGCAGCAGCAGUGGCAUCGGGACCGGCAGCACGGGCAAUACUGGCGGCAGUACCGUCACCUGGGCGCCCACACCGACCGGCCACCAGCAGGGGACCGAGAUUGAUAGAAUAAUGGCAAAGAUCGAACAGGCACGUUUAUCCAUUGCUAAUGACAAUCGCAUACUGGCCGAGCUCGAGCAUCCACGCACAACUGGACCGAUCAUGUCGUCGGCCCUCGGUACCGGCGGUCUCACGAGCGUUUCGACCAGCCUCGGCCUGUCCUCGCACCAGUCGCACCUACACCAGACGCCAUCGAGCCUGGCAUCGCAGAUCUCUUCCUCGGCAAUGCUGGGCGGUCUGUCCGGGCUGACCGGUGCCACUACCGGGCUCGGUAUGAACUCGAUCGGGCUAGGUGGUAGUGGCCCGGGUGCGGGUGCUGGUGUCAGCUCGGCCAUGGCCGCCGGCAUCAGCUCCAUCACGGGCGGCGUCAGCUCGAUGGGUGUAACGUCCAGCACCAGCAGCCACGCGUUGACGGACGGACAGUACAGUGGACUGACGUCCUCUACUGGCGGGAGCAGCACUAAUCACUACUCGACCAACGCCAACGUUUCACCACUGCCAAGCCGGGCCAAUCCAAUGAGCACCACCAUGCCACCCCUCUGCCAGAGUACGACCAUGCCCGUCCUGUCGCUACACAACACGCACUCGAUACCGUCGGGUUCGGCUAGCUACACGCUCGGGCUGAGCGUGGCUCCGGUCGCCUCGUCGUACACCUUCCCGACGCACUCGGCCACCACCGGCGGGCUGGCGAGCGUGCUCGGCACCACGUCCGGCGUCACCGGGGCAGGCGUGUCCGGGCUGAGCGGGCUGGGCAGCGGGCUGGGGACGGGCGCCGGGCUCAAUCUUACCUCCACCAAUCCGCUCACAAGCACGCUCGGCACGAACCUGACCAACUACAACACCAGCUCGUCCUACUCGACCUACACGAACCCGCUGCUGAGCGGUACCGGCGGCAUCAGCUCGAAGCUCAACAUGAAGCCGCUGGACGAGCUGGAUCUGCUGACGCGCUACGGCCAGCGUGGCGGCACACCCUGCUCACCCAUUCCGCCCGCCAACUGGGGCCUAGAUAGCUAUACUGGAAUCGAUGGCGUUAAUCCUGCCUUCAUGCACACCCAGAACCGAUCACUCAUCGGUAUGGAACUGGAAGCACGAUCCCACGGUUUGACUCUGAACGGUACCGGAGAACCUCAGGUGGACAUGCUGGACAUUCCGGGCAAGGGACGGUGCUGUGUGUUUAUAGCACGUUUUUCCUACGAUCCACCCGACGUGGAAGGUUCCGAGGGUGAGUUGGCACUGUGCGCGGGCGAUUACUUGCUAGUUUGGGGCAACGGUGAACCGCAGGGUGGGUAUUUCGAUGCGGAGCUGCUGGAUGGUCGCCGAGGUCUCGUGCCUGCCUCGUUCGUGCAGAGAUUAGUAGGUGAUGAUCUGCUAGAGUUCCAUCAGGCGGUCGUGUCGACGUUACGCGAUGCGGACGAUGCCCCGAUCCCGCUCGAUCCGGCCCCACGGCCCUCGAGCAAUCCGCUCAUACCGCACACAUCGGAAGACCUGGCCCGGAUCAGCGAAACUCAUACCGACCUAGGUCAGGAUUUGGACGACGAAGCCGACACAGUUCCUGCACCGAAGCACCUCACCCUGGAGCGGCAGCUAAACAAGAGCGUACUGAUCGGCUGGUCGCAACCGGACCCACCGAUGUGCAAUCAGAUCGAAAGCUUCCACGUGUACGUGGACGGUGUCCUCAAGGUGACGGUAAAGGCAACCGAGCGCACCCGCGCCUUGGUAGAAGGCGUAGAUUCUAACCGACCACAUAGGAUUAGUGUGCGUAGCGUGACGCAAAACCGGCGAACAUCGCGCGAUGCCGCCUGUACAAUGAUCAUCGGCCGUGAUACGGCACACUUAGGACCAUCGGCUGUAAGGGCUACACACAUUACCUGCUCCAGUGCCGUCAUCUCCUGGCUACCGGCCAACUCCAACCAUCAGCACGUCGUCUGCGUGAACAACGUGGAGGUCAGAACGGUGAAGCCUGGUGUCUAUCGGCACACCAUUACCGGGCUGGCCCCAAGCACACAGUAUCGCGUCACAGUGCGUGCAAAGCAUCUGCGAGCGUCGG